GCCCUGGGCUCAUGGCGCUGUACCAUCUCUUCUCUCACCCGAUCGAGCGCGCCUACCGCGCGGGGCUCUGCUCCAAGGCCGCUCUCUUCCUGCUGCUGGCCACCGCGCUCACCUACAUCCCCCCGUUGCUGGUGGCCUUCCGGAGCCACGGGUUUUGGCUGAAGCGCAGCAACUACGAGGAGCAGCCGAACGUGCGCUUCCAGCACCAAGUGCUGCUGGUGGCUCUACUGGGGCCCGAGCCGGGAGCCUUCCUCGCCUGGAGCACGUACCCCACUUUCAACCGGCUGCAGGGGGUUCACCUGCGCGUUCCGCUCGUGUCGACCAGAGAAGAAGACAGGAACCAGGAUGGGAAAAUGGAUGUACUAUACUUUAAACUUGAACUUCCCCUGCAGUCCACAGAGCAAGUUCUCGGUGUGCAGCUUAUCCUGACCUUCUCCUACCAACUGCACAGGAUGUCAACAUUCGAGAUGCAGAGCAUGGCGUUUCUCCAGUCCUCCUUUGCUGUUCCCGGGUCACAGUUACAUGUGAAUGGUGACCUGAGGCUGCAACAGAAGCAGCCACUGAGCUACCGUGGCCUGGACGUCAGAUACAACGUAUCGGUGAUCAAUGGGACCAGUCCUUUUGCCCAUGACUACGACCUGACUCACAUUGUCGCUGCCUAUCAGGAAAGGAAUGUUACCACUGUCCUCAGUGACCCCAACCCAAUCUGGCUGGUGGGCCGGGCCGCUGAAGCUCCUUUUGUGAUCGAUGCUGUCAUCCGCUAUCCCGUGGAAGUCAUUUCUUAUCAGCCAGGGUUCUGGGAGAUGAUAAAGUUUGCCUGGAUCCAGUAUGUCAGCAUCCUGCUCAUCUUCCUCUGGGUGUUUGAAAGAAUCAAAAUCUUCGUGUUUCAGAACCAAGUAGUGACCUCCAUCCCUGUAGCCGUGCCCCAGGGAGAGAUAAGGAAAGAGCACUUAUCCUGAGAAGCUUCUGUCAGGAGACUGAGGGACCAUGGCUACCUCAUUCCUGUCUUCUGAGACCGGCAGUUUUACAACAUUUCUGCAAAGAGCCCGCUGGACACUCUCAGGCCUGCGUGCGUGUUUCACCUCAGAGACAAAGAAUGGAUUUUCCAGUGUUGUCCGGCACAACCCCCACGUCUUCAAAGCACGGGGGGAACCUACAAACACUAGUUUGUGGAAAGGUCGCAGGGUUACAGGAGGGUUAUGUUUUGUUUCUGGUUUUGCUCUGCUUUGGCCUUGAAUUUCAGGAGAAAAUUGUGGUGAGUUCAUACAUCUUUGAAAGAGCCCCACCUCUGGUCAAGGGAGGAGUUUACUUCUUUUGAACUGGGAUGCCCUGUCCACCCCUCCCUCCUAUCAUAAGCUAGCUACAUUUUUAGCCUCCUCCGGUCUCUCACAAGAAAUAUGCAAAUCCCUAGUACUUUCUGCUCUUAGAUAUCUACACAGUGCCCAUUCAGAACUUUGAUUUCCAGAGCUGAAGCCUUCAACUGGAGAACGGAAGGGGGCAGGGCGUCUCAAAUACAAGAGUCUCAGAAACAUGUGCGUGCUGGCGGGUGACUUAAGGGCAGGAGGACCAGACACCUGCCCUCAGCCCUCAGGCUAAUAGAUGGGGGUCUGUCAUCGGCUCAGCUAAACAGCCCUCUGUUCCUGCCCUGCUAUGGCUGGCUCUGUGCCCUGUUUCUUGGCCUCUGUCUGUGCCCCUGGGAUGGUGGCUGGAGUCAGAAGUGCUGUUUCAUUCAGUCUGUCCCCCUACCCCCAGCAUCAGUGGAGGACAUUGGGCUUCUAACAACAGGUUCUUUCUCCCUGGCCCUCACCCAACAGCCCAGCCACUCCUCCUCCUCCUUGCUGGCCUUCCCCCUUUCUGAAAGGAUGUGGGUGACAGAAGGGUGGCUGUUGGCAUUGGCUCCCACUGCCUGACAACCUCAGGGUUUAUUCGGAGGCUGUUCCCUCGAUUAAGGAACAGGGUACUUACCAGAGGGGAGGCUUUGGGGAAGGCAUGAGGAGCAGAGAGUGAGGAAGGAGGCUAAGCAGAGCCUCUAAUCCAGCCUGGCCAUUAACAGUGAGAAGGAGCCCAGCCAGAUAGCCCUCUGAUCUGCAGAAGUCUACAAAGACUUCUACUUUACACAGAAAUCUCUCAUUUGGCCCCGGUCCUGCGCUGAGCAAUUGUGCCCUCUUAAAGAACUCCACCUUUGGCCCUGGGAGGACACGCCCUACCACCCUUGCCUCCAUGCCUAACCACAAACGCUCCUCCCUUCGUGCCUCAGUUUACCUUGGAGGCACCCUUCUGUCAGACUGAGCAAAUAAGAAUUUUGAAAACCAAGCUCUUUCGAAGUAUUUGAGGAGAGAAACUCUCUAGUACUGGUUUCUCUGACCUAACACGUACGGCUGAUUAUACGCCCGAAGAGUUACGUGAAAAACGGUCUCUGAUUUCAAUUUCGCAAAGGUUAUGAGAGGGCUAGGGAUGUGGCUCUGUUGGAAGAGCGCCUGCCUGGCAUGCUUGGAGCCCUGGGUUCCAUCCCCAGCACACCUUCACGGUGGUGCAAGCCGAUAACCCCAGCACAUCAGGGGUGGAGGCAGGAGUAGAAUCAUCCCUAAGUUAGAGCCCAGCCUGGGAUACUUGAGACCCUGUCUGAAUAAAAUAAGGAAAUGGGCUUGGCGGCGUGACAAGAAAUAUAUUGUAUGGAAAAAAAGAUAACAAGUUACAGAAAGAUGACCAAAGAUACAAGCUACUUUGCAUUAUAUUAAACUAUUCUGUGCAAAUUCUGUAUACAGAACUCAAUGAUGUUUUAUAACUUUCUAAUUAAAAUAUUCUGAAAGGAA